CUAGAUGACACCAGGACCAUGUCACCAAUGUGUCCAAAGACUCGCAAGCUCCAAGCGAGCGCUCAUCUCCAUACUGUUGAUGAACAGAUAGCUGGACUUGAGCACGACUUGGCAUUCGUGGCCGGUCGACGUGCUUUCCUCGUGGCUGAGAUUGCGAACAUGGGGAAUACUGAGCUGGAUGACCCACAUAUUGCGAAUGAAAGCACCACCAUACCAUCAGACUAUGUAUCGUCGCCGGCAGAGCAGCAGGGAGCGAUUCAAGGCAUCGAAACUUAUCUGGAGACGCCAACAGCACUACCAGGAAGUCAAAAGCUCUAUGGCGAGCAGCUGAUAGUCGACGAAGUCUUCUACACAUGUAUGGCCGGCUUCAAAGCCAAGAACGAUGGCUUGUAUCUCAAGAUCCUCCACGCCCUCCUGCAGAAGAUGAACGCAGCUGCCGAGGCUGGCAUUAUUGCUCUGAACUUUCUCGACGAGCAACAAGAGAAGUGCGAGCAGGUCCUGGCGAGGUCGCGCUGGCAGGCUAGACAAACUGCAUCACAAAGUCCGAGGAGCCGCAGGCGAUCUAUACAGGUGACGGGAGCAACCGAAGUGAAGCAGGAAGAGGCAAUGGAGCAAACGAUUGGUGAGCGACAGCGAGAGGAGCGCCCUCUUCCUCACGCUACAGAGAUUGACGUCGAGUCGAAGAAUUCCCUCGAUGAAGUCUUCGACGCCAGGCGAUUCGCCAAUUAUAAAUUUGCUGUCGAAAUUGAGCAUAAUGAGGUCGUGACGGGAGGAGACGAACAGCUGAGCCAGAAGAACAAAAGCCAACAUCGAUCACGCGGACAAGUAGAUGAAGAAGAUUGCGACGACGACGAUGAUGAUGACAAAGAAGAAGAGUGCAACAACGACGACGACGAUGACGGUGAAUAUGACAAAUACGACAAACAAGAGCCCGACCAAGAAGACGAGGAAGAAGAAGAAGAAGUCGAUCUCCCUCCACGCAAAGAGCGCAAGAGAUUCGAUAGUGUAUUAACCGCACCUCUGGAUUUACUCUCGGACUUGUUUUGA